UGCUAGAAUUACGUUUUACACCAACAAAUACGGUGUAUUUUUGCUAGACUAAUGACUGCUAGAAUUUUUUAGCAUAAUGGCGAUUUCUUUUUGACAGUUGACUCUACUUUUGGCGCACGUGUUUUCUCACGCACCGUCCUCAAAAAAUCAAAUAAAAAUAUGAAUGCCGAAAAAUUGAAAAAGUUACAAGCGCAAGUGCGCAUUGGUGGUAAGGGUACUCCUCGUCGUAAGAAGAAGAUCGUACACUCCACCCCCGCUACAGAUGAUAAGAAAUUGCAAUCAUCAUUGAAGAAAUUAUCGGUCAACACCAUACCCGGCAUUGAGGAGGUCAACAUUAUCAAACAUGACGGUACCGUCAUCCAUUUCAACAAUCCCAAGGCUCAAGCUUCAUUGCCCACCAACACCUUUGCCAUUACUGGCCAUGGCGAGAACAAGUCGAUUUCUGAAAUGUUACCAGGUAUUUUAACACAAUUGGGUCCCCAAGAUAUUACACAAUUGAAAAAGAUUGCCAGUGAAUUGGCCAACAAGAGUGGUGCCGCCGCUGCUGGUGCUGCCGGUGCCGCCGCCAAUGCUGGUGACGAUGAUGUACCCGAUUUGGUAGAAAAUUUCGAAGAAGUCGCUAUUGGUGCCGCUAAACCCGCUGAGACUGCUGAAGCUGCCAAAAAACCAGAAGAAAUUCCAGUGGCUUAGACGCGAUAGGUUCUUUUUUCAUUAGAGGGGGAUGUUAUUUAAAACAAAACAAAAAACCAUUAUUUUUACUAUAUUAUAUAUACUUAUAAAAUUUAAACAACCUUUUUAUUAUUAUAAUAUCUACUACCACAUCCGUUGAGUGACUUAAACGUUAAAAAGUAUGCCACCAAGUUACAUGUGUGUGUGCAAGUCUGAUGGAUGUAAAGGAUGUUUAUACAUAUAAAAGCGUUGCUGCAUAAAGGGGGGUUUCAACACACAAUUCAUAUUUCUUCUGUUUGGAUGAAAUGAAGGAACGAUGACGAAGAGACGGUGAUUUUCUGGACUUUUUAACAACAAACGGAUGAAUGUUUUUGUUUAAUUGGGCGUUAAGUAGUAAGCAUGAUUUACUAUCUAAAUCAACUAUUUUUAAAACUUAAUCAUAUAACAACAAUAAGCUUAAACAAAUAAUAGUAAGAAGAAAUUUGUUAAAUUGAAUGAAAACUUUAAAAAAACAAACAAGUGUAGUACACAACAAAAUACAAUACAAAAAAAUAUUAAAAGCUAAGGAGAUUUCCUUUAACCAAAAGAAAAGAGAAUCUCCUUAAAAGAAAACAAAAACACCCACAUGUUUAGCAAAUUCUUAAUACCAUUAAAAAACAAACAAAAACAUCAUACAAAAUCAUCAUCACUUCAGUUUAAUUUAAGGGGGAUUAUAAACACCAUCAAUAGCUGUUCGUAGCUACCCCAGGGGUUCACAAGACUAUGAAUAAUUCCAUUUAAAGGCUUUCCAAUUUCAAAACAUUGCCAUGUUAGAGAAAUGAAAAUGCAGGCUUAAGGCAUAUAUAUAUAUUUUCAUAAAAUUGUUUUUAAAUGUUAAUGUUAAGAGAAAAAUUGGUCUAGUCUAUUAAUUCAAUUCAAAACUUAUGUAAUCAACAACAGAAAUAGACUUUAUUACUUCCCACAAUACAAAACCCCUUGGAAAAUAACCACAAAACACCAAACAAACCAACCAACCCUUCUAUAUAUAAAUUUUAUAAUUUAGCUAUUUUAUCAUCAUCGUACUUCAUAACUAUUUGUUCAUUUCGGAAGCUUCAAUACUUUUACCUCUACCACUUUAUUACAAUUAUUUUUUAUAAAUUAAAACCAGAAAAUACAAUAUUGGAACAAAAAAA